GUGGCGCUAAGGUGCAGUUGCACUUCUACAGGUGUCAUAAUCUAUGGUACAUUCCAUUCUUGAAAGAAGCUGUGAUAGCAGAUAGGCGGAAUGGUUUCUUAUACAGAGGACCAGCUGGCCGAAUUUCAAGAGGCAUUCCAGCUGUUUGACUCCCGUGGUGAUGGGAAAAUCCACGUGACUCAGAUAGGUGAUGUUCUGCGUGCUUUGGGACAGAAUCCAACAGAAUCAGACGUCAAGAAAUUCACCCAGCAACAUAAGCCAGAUGAAAGAAUAAGUUUUGAGGUGUUUCUGCCAAUUUACCAAGCUAUUUCAAAGAACCGCACUUCAGACACUGCAGAUGAUUUCAUCGAAGGGUUGAGGCAUUUGAUAAAAUGGAAUGGAUAUAUUUCGUCAGCUGAAUUACGUCAUUUAUUGUCAACUUUAGGCGAAAAACUGACAGAUGAAGAAGUUGAGCAACUACUUGCUGGUCAGGAAGAUUCUCGAAAUAUUAAUUAUGAAGAAUUUGUUCGUAUGGUUAUGUGCGGUUGAGAUAUAACACCAGUUGCUUAUUCAGUUAACUACUUCAAGUGUGAAUCAUAACAAUAACCUUAAUAAUAAUUAUAACAUCAAUAGUAUUAAUACCUUGAGUAAUAAGUUAUGGAGCAUCAGCUGAGGUGCAUAUUCCACACUAAACUCUUGGAUCUUACUGCCAUCCCGCUAUAAGUCAUUCCACUUACCCUUGCAACCAUCAUGAAGUGCUAACAGUGUUUUAGUAAUCAGUAUUUCUCACCUUGCAUGCCUUGUAAGCCAAGGAAAAUCAUAUCUGUUGUUGCAAGUGGUUAUAUUAGACACACAUUGAGUUGUGUAAAGAGGCUGUAUACAUGGGCAGAUAAAAACUAUUGCCAAAAGUAGUAUUAAAUGUUAAUGUAAAAGAUAGCUUAUCAGGAUUCGUGGAAAAAAUUUCGAAAAAUAUUUUGAAGUAGUUAUGAAAUUUGAAUGGGUGGGUCACUGGUGAAAUAAGAUCGACUGCUUUAUUUAGUUCAACUGAUGCAAAUAAGUAACAUAAGAAAAUCUGCAAAUAUCAAACAGGUAAACUGAUACUAUGUCGUGUGGAACGCAUAGUAUAUAAAAGACGUAUUUCAAGGUGUUGAUUGAUUUCCACCAAAGUCAGUAUGUUGAAAACAAACAAUUUGAGCUAACUUGUUGCUGCCACAGGUUAAGUUCAAAUUAUAAAAAUGGCAGUGAUACAUAAUUUGAAUCAUGUUAUCUGUUGUAACUUAUUUGCAUUUAAAUACUACUAUGGACGUACUUUUGUAUUCUUUUUUUCAGUGUAAUUUUACAUAACUUUAUUUACUUUGUUUAUAUAUAGUCCCUUCUUUUAAUGUCAUAUGUAAUUAUGUAUACUUGAGAAUAUAUUGCAAUUUUUGUGAACAAUAUAAUAAUUUGUUAAUAAGAAGUAACAGUCCUUGAUGUUCCUGUUACUUGUGAAAUGAACUGUUUCUAACUAUUGAUUAUACUGAAUUUGUAUAAAUUUGGUGGGUAUUUACAACCUGCCCUUUGUCUCCUGCCCUUUCACCCCCCCCCCCCCCCCCCCCCCCCCCAACUUUAUUUCGUUCUUUUAUGAAGAUUGCCAUGAGAAAUAUGGUGUUGGUAUUUUAUGAAUGUUGUUGUUGCAAGGAUUUUUAGCGUUCUAUGAAUUUGGAAACUAUAUUUUAGAUGUUAUAUAUUUAUCUGGUCCCUUUGCUGUGCUUGGCUUCAGUUUGUACUUAAUAUAUUGUUUCAAUCAUAUAUAAAAAUUUCAUUGCAGAAGUGCAAUAAAAUAUAUUGUAUCAGAAUUAUAAUAAAAUCAUGUCUAAUGCUUU